AUGGAAGAAGAAUUAAAUUCGUCCAUACUUGGAUCAUACGAAUUUUGGAAUAAUUUAUACCAUGAAGAAAUUGAAAAUUUUUAUGAUCAUGGAGAUGUUGGAGAAAUUUGGUUCGGAUUGGAAACUUCAAAAAGAAUUGUUAAUUGGAUAAAUGAAAGCAGCUUAAUAAAAAAAGAUGAUUCCAUUAUCGAUUUAGGUUGUGGUAAUGGAAUGCUUUUAAUUGAAUUAAGUAAAUUAGGUUUUACUAAUUUGCAUGGUAUUGACUAUUCAUCGAAUGCAAUAGAUUUAGCUAAAGCAGUAUGUGAUAAAGAACAGUGUUCAGUUAAUUUUUUCGUCAAAAACAUUGUCGAUGAUGUUUUCGAAUCAAAAUAUAAAGUGUGCUUGGACAAGGGAACUUAUGAUGCGAUUAGUCUUGAUCCAGAAGAUGCAAAAUCCAAAAGACUUUCAUAUAUAAAAAAUAGUAGUGAGUUAUUAGAAGAUGAUGGAUUACUCAUUAUUACUUCUUGCAAUUGGACUGAUGUCGAAUUAACUCAGCAUUUUAACAAUUUCGAAGUAUUAGAAAAUAUUCCAGCUCCAGUUUUUAAAUUUGGUGGAAAAACUGGUAAAACUGUUAGCACAGUGGUUUUCAAAAAAAAAAGAUAG